CUCGUACAGGAAAUCUAAAUCCGAGAAUGAACGAGAUAUCCUGAUAGUGCAAAGACGAGUGAAACCAAACAAUAAAGAGGCAGCACAUUGGAUUUUUAGGCUUUAAAAAAUUGUCAACCAAAUUAUGGUUGACUCUUAAUCAGCAAUGAUUUGUAGUAUUAAUCUGCAUGCCCGAGAAUGUCGAAUCAAAGGUGAAUUCUUGGCCGGUUUCUUUAAAAUGUGUACAUAACUACGGCCUAUUCUGAGUCUGAGUACUUAACUAUUCUCUUCUGACUUCUGAGUAUUCAAUUUCUCAAUCUUUUUCUUAGCUAGCCCCACCAAACAAACUUGUUUUUGAAAACUGAUAAGACAAAUUAAUUGUUUAGUAACGUUCACACAGUUCCUUUAGCAAAAAUAGCAGGUGCUCUACCAAUUCAGUGUCGGUUAUUAAAAAAUUGUGUUGUUCCUGCUUGAAUUUGAAGAAGAGGGAUUUAAGAUUUAAACUGCCUGCUGCUUGUUAUUAUUCUUUUAUUGAUGUCUGUUAAUAGUACAGUGGAGAGAGGGCCAUUGGGUUUUCAGUGGUGUAGAGAGGGUUGGGGCUGUUUUCUUGGUUAAGUGCCAGACUGAAGUUUACAGAAGUGGGUAGACAUAGACCUUCUAGUUCUAGUCUACUUAUUUAUUGAAAAUUGGAUGGAUGGGCGGUUUAUCAUGCAAAGUUCAAGUUUAAACCAGAUAGAUCAGAAUCAGACAUGGAAUCCAUGAACACUCUGUUGUGGUCCAUCAAUCAAAAUUUUGAAGAUCCAAAUAACACUUGUGUGCACACACAUAAUUUUGCCUUUCAUUGAAGUUUCAUAUUUGCAUGAGUUCAUGUGGGUCAAUUGUUUUCAUGGAGAUGAUAUUUUCAAGAACUUUCUUGUUACCUUGGGGAGAACUAUGCAUAAACUCUAAAAUAAUUUAAAAUUUUGUUUUGGAUUAUUUAUAAUAUAUUCGUGAUAAAAUAAACAUGUACAAAUCAUAAAAAACAAUUCCAUUUAUUUGAAUCAGAAUUGUAUCUUAACAAGGCAAAAAAUAACCAUUUAAAUAACACAUCAAACCGGAACAACAUGAUUUUUGAAUAACAGACAGACGCUGAAGUGGUAGAUAACCGAAAAGCAAUAGUAAAAUACUAUAAAUUGUCUCAUUUUUGUUAUUAAGUUAAACGAGUUUCACAUUCAGGCCUAUCCAAUCAGUCCAAUGUUACUCAAGGUAUGUAGAUGUAAUCUUAAUUAGUGGCAAUGCAGAUGCUUAAGACUCAAGUCAAUUCGAUCUCACUUUUUAUUAUUAUUAGGUGGUUUUAUAAAGCGCAGUACCCCAGCCUAUUGCUAGGCUCACUACGCUUCACAUAAAAAUUAGCAAUUACAGAAACGUAUGCAUUAAAAAACAAUUGUUAUAAACUUGACCUCACCCACCCAAGUACUAUCUACCCCUGUCUAGCCAUGGACAGCACCCAGCAGAAUCGAGUGUUGUUUAUCAGUCAGAAGUGGGUGAGAAUGAGUUGGUAUGGUACAGUUUGAAGAGAUGGGUCUUGAGGACAGUUUUGAAGGCUGUGAUGGUCUUUAUAUUGGGGAUGUUUAAUGGGAGAGAAUUCUACUAGGCUAAUAUUUUAUUACAUAUAUUAUAUUACUUUAAUAAUACCUUGAUUUCACAUUGGAUUGUUUAUAUAAUAAAGCAUUAAAACCUAUUGUGACAAAAUUUCAAAUAUAAUUUUGAAUGAUAUAUUGUGGAAGCCAAGUGCCUUAAGCCUAAGAUGUGCUCAGAGGCAAGGCAGGCGAUGUCUUCCACUGUAUACAUAGAGGUUCCCCAGGAAAACUAGCGAGCAUAGUUCGGUAUUCAAAAGAUUUCACUUUUUAGCUCUGUAUUUGUUUGAUUAAAAAUCAUUAGGCAGACUGCUGUACCAGCAGCAGAUUUUUACAUAUGCUAGUGUAGAAGUUAAAUUUUGAGAUGCAUUGUUAUAUUGUUGUUGUUUUGUUUUUUAAAAAUAUAAUUUGACAAAUAGCAAAGUUAUUUAUAACAUAAGCUACCCAGAAAGGCUAUUGAAGGAAAUGACAAAAUUUGUGAGGCCUAGGCCUACACUAUACAAUUGUUUUAAUCACCAUACGCAAGAUUUGAUCAAAGUGUCAAUCAGUUGUUAUGUUCAUGUUCCAUAGUGAAUUAAAGCGGCUGAGUGAUGACAACCUUGCCAAACAGCCAGAUGAAGUUUUUGAUAUAAUUUGUAAAAUCGGUCGGGGGUAAGAUAUUGCUGGAUUUAAGCUUGUCAAUGCUCCUUCAUGUUUUAUAGCUGUUUUUUUUCUUCUCUAACUUAGUGCAUGUGUCUGCUUUUUUAUGGGUAACACAUUGUUUUCUGCCUGCAUUUAGCUUGACCCUUGGCUUCCCUGCAUGAAUGUUUAAGUCAACAAGAAUCUUCUCAGUCCUUUCCCAUUUGGCUUGGUGUUGAAAAUGAAUAAAUUUAUUAUUUGGAUUUUGAUUCAUCAUGUUGUAUAAUAAUAAAGACCUUUGUCAUUGUUAAAUUAUUUAAUUUAAAUAAUUUUUUUUCAACAUAACUUAAACUUUCAUUUAAGAAUUCCUUAAGGUGUCAAAUGUAUAAAUUAAUGUUAAUUGCUUCACAGAAGCUUUAUUUGGAUGUAAGUGAAAUUCCUUGCCUUGAUGUUAUAAUUUUCAAGCAUAUUAAAUAUUAUACAAAUAAUGACAAGAGACUAAACUAAGAAAAUAAAACUAAGUUGAUAUGUAAAAGAUGCCCUCCCACUUACAUCUUAUUUGUGGGUUUUUUUCAGGAUUAUUCUCAGUGUUUUUUCUCACGUAGCCAUGAUGUAGUAUUAAUUUGUUCUUUAUUGUUUUUUUAUUUGCUUUGCUUGUAUUUUCUUUUUUUUACUUCUUUUAUUCAUUGCAUUUUCCUCCCUAUUCCGCUUCCUUUCAUUAUGAGGCAUUUAGUAAUGGAAUAACUAAAUUGAGUGAGGAAAGUCUAACCAGGCCACCUGAAGAGGUCUUGGAAAUUCUUGAAAAAUUAGGAGAAGGGUAAGAUUUGGUACAGUAUUGUUAGUUUCUAAUCACUUUUUAAUUAAUAAGUUUAAUAUACGUUAAUUAAAAGUAUAGAUGAUGCUAUGUAUUUUUUAAUUUAUUAAUAUAGUUGCUGGGGGGGAAGGGGCAACGCCCAGGCAAAACGAGGACAAAAAAGAUUUUGGUAAAAUACCAAAGCAUAAUGGAGACCUCUUUUAACUAUGAAAAUAUGUUGGGUCUCUCAUUUAUAGUAAUUUGAAUCUAUUCAAGAAUCUCAUGCUUACAACUAAGACAAAGAAAUAAAAAGUUUUCCUGCUUAUGAUGUUUUUCAUAAUACUAGUUCCAGAAACUGUUUGCCCUAAUAAGGGACAAUUAUACUUCUUACCCCACCUAUUGCAUUUAUUUGAUUUAAUUUUUGAACAUCUUUUGUCAUUUUGUGUGGAGGUGGCAGUAAUUUUGCUUCAGUUUAGAAUAUCAGUGGUACAUUUAUUAAAUGCCUUCAGGUCAUGUUAACUUGGGUUGAUUAUUAAAAAAAAAAGAAAUUCUAGAAUAUUUUAAACUUAUUUCUUGUGGGGUUUUUCUCAGCAGAAAAUAUAUUUUUAGAUCACAUGCUGAGUGAUGAAGUAAAUAUUUCAAAAUAUAUAUUAAUACAAAAUGAACACUAUACCUUUGGCAAGUGAGUAGUAACACCCACUUAAGUCACCAGGAAAAAAAUCAGUCCUUCAAAUUUUUUUUUUUUUUUAAAUGUGUAGCAAUAAGUAAGAUUAAACUAACAAGGUAUCAAAUGGUCCCUGUUUAAUAAACCUAAUAUAUAGGAAAAUGUAAGAUACAUCUAGUGUAAGGUCUCAGAUGGUCUCUGUUAACUAAACCUAAUGUGCAUGAACACCUAAUCCCCCAUGCCUGUUGUUUUCCUGCUUCUCUUAUCAAAUCUUUAAAAUUGUAAUCACAUUGUCCUCACACAUCAGCUGCAUGAUUGUGAAUAUUAAUGCAAAGUUAUCCUUGUGUCAGCAUGGCAGAUUUUUUUUUUUUUUAUUGUUUUAUGCAUGCAUGAAGCUGUACCGUAAUACAGACUGUACCACAUUUAGUUUUAAGUUUAAUAUUUUAUUUUUCAUAAUUUGUCUAAGGUACUAAUAUUUACUGUCAAGUAUUUCAAAAUGUUGUAUGUAUGUGGGAUUGUAGACAGCAGCCACAAAGAUAAAGAGUAUGACUAACUAAAGCUUGAGAUUUAAGGUUUCAAGUUAGUAAUUAUUUUAAAAGUCUCAUAUGAGAGUUAUUUCAAGCAGAGAUCUUUCUUAUAUUUCCUACUUUUAAAUAGAGAAUUAAACUUGAGCUGUGAAUUUAAACAUCCUUGUCAAAGUUGACACAGGGCAGGAUGUGAUAUAAAUCAGUUACAUGGCUGAAUUCCAUUCCAUGAAUGGUUUGAAAUUUAACACACACAAAAAUAAUGCUACUUUUGUGUUUGCAUGGGCACUAAUUAAUGGCUGAUAUUCAGUUUAUUUUUUCACCAUCCCUCUGGUGGUAUAUGCAGUCAAAAGCUAUAAGAGAGACAUACUUUUUUUUUAAUUUUUUUUUUUUAAAUUUUCAAAGUAAUUUUCUGCAUAACUUAAGUUUUAGACAGUCAUUGCUGACAUAAAUUUACAUAUUUUUAAUGCCAAUUUAUUUUCUUCUUUAAAGUUGUUCAGGUCGCUGCUCUUAUAAUUUAAAAAAAUGCAUUUUUAUUUUUUACUAGUCCCUUACUAUUGUUAUUAGUUACUAGCAGGCUUGAUAUUCAUAUUAACUCAUUACUCCUACAUUAGUGUUUAAAGACAUCAUUAAAUACCAACUUAGUGUUCUUAAUAUUAAUUGGUAUUUUGUGUCUCAUUUACUCAGCAUUAUUUGAUUUGAUUAAAUGAAUACUAUUUAUUUAUCUCCAGAUCCAGAGUUGUUAAAAGUUCAAUCUUUUAAACUUUAGUUCUUAAUCCCCCCCGGCAGCCAUUCUGAAUCAUUUUCACUCAGAAAACCUCUUGGUUUCAAUUCUUGAAAACUAGAUUGAUUGUUAGGAUUUCCAUUGUACGUUUCAAUUUGAAUGGUUUCCAGGAAAAUCCUUGUUAAAAUUGUUGAUCUGCUGAAGGCGUUUCUUUGCCUUUUCAACUCAAAAGGAGCAUAUGCCAGCAAAAAGUAUAUUUCCACCCCUGCUGUCUCUUGCAAUCUUCUCCAACUCAUUUUCCAAUCCUAACCACAGCCCUCAUCUACCUCUCUGUUGCCUUUUAAACUCCCAAUGGAGCAUAGGCCAUUAAACAGUAUCUUUCCAUCCCUUCUGGUCUCUUGCGAUAGGCCACUAGUAUCUUUCCACCCCUUCUGGUCUCUUGCAACCUUCUCUUACUCGUUUUCCAAUCCUAUGCCCAACCUUUGUUAACCUCUUUGUUGUAUCUUUUAUGUAGUGACAGUUCAUUCCAUUGUUAAUCCACGUAAAGUUACUUGAUAUGGGUCACUGCAGAACCAUCAUUUUUCUGAUGCAGGUCCUAUGGCAGUGUCUAUAAAGCCCUCCACAAGGAGACUGGCCAGGUGCUGGCCAUCAAGCAGGUGCCUGUGGACACAGACCUCCAGGAGAUCAUCAAGGAGAUUUCCAUAAUGCAGCAGUGUGACUCUCAGUACAUUGUCAAAUACUAUGGAAGCUAUUUUAAGAAUACAGACUUAUGGGUUUGUGACCAAUCGUUGUUUUUUUUUAUAACUGCUUGUAUCAUCCUUAUCAUCAAGUGAAGGAAAAUAUAAUUUGAUAAAACAAAUGUCUUAUAGGUUGUUUAGUUUAUUGUUUUAUUGACCAUGGCCUUACCUAAUGAUUUAUAGUCAGGCAUCUUUAUCGAGCUCUUUCAGUAUGUCACAAAAAUCACUAAACAGAUUAAUAGUUAGAUUCUGUGCCAGAGUGCUGCAAAUGACUGAGAGUUCAUCUAUGUGACUUCUAACAAUGCUAUUUAUGUUUUAGAUUGUCAUGGAAUAUUGCGGAGCAGGGUCCGUGUCUGAUAUCAUGAGACUUAGAAACAAAACGGUAGGUUUAUAAAAUACAAUUUCAUAGAGGAUUCACUUUUGUGUCUGCCACUUGGACAUGUGGGGAAGUGCUAAUUAUUAUGUAUCACUUAGUAUUAUGGCUGCAAAAGGCAAGGAAGCUUGCUAUCUGUAAAAAAUCUCAUCAAAAAAUUAUUUAGCCUUAAUCAAUUUCAACAAAAAGUAUAUAUAUAUAUAUAUAUAUAUAUAUAUAUAUGUGUGUGUGUGUGAACUCAACAUGCUUACCGAAAGUGAUAAAUGGGUCAAAGCCUCAUGCUUGACAUAUAUACCUUCAUAAUUUUUUUUUUUUUUAAUAUUAAAUAUGUAUUUAUAAAUUAUUGAGGAGAGUUAAAUUAAAAUAUUUUCCUGUAAAUUUUAUUUUAUUAUAGUUGUCAACCCUGAUCCAAUGGCAUUUUCACCAAAAAUGGAUUUUUGCCUCACCACUCUUUUUUUUUUUUUUUUUUUUUGUCCCCUUUUCUUUUGUUUUUUUUUUUUUUUUUUUGGGCCACUCUUCCUCUAGCUUUCUUAUUUAACACCCCCCCCCCCACCCCACCUACCCCCAAAAAUAAGGUUCACCAACACUUUGCUGACAUCUAAUAACAUUUAACAGAGAUAGCUAGAGAAUGGGAAUGCACCAUCAAAUACCUAUGCACUAAUGGUGGAUUGAUUGUCAUUUAAAUGUUGUGUUAUAAACAAUUAAAGGAAACUGAUUUGUCUCUGAGAAUUGUAUGAAUUGGAAAAGAUUAGCAUGAUUUUGUAAAAACAAUUGUAUGCAAUGUGCUAUUUGCGGCCAAAAAUGUGUUGGUAAUGUCAGACAUAUAAAGGAUAUCUCCUGAUUUUUAAAUCAGAGCAAAUUUUAAUCGAGUCUGUUUAUUUCAGCUAACAGAGGAUGAGAUCUCAACUAUCCUGUUCUACACACUCAAAGGUCUGGAGUACCUUCAUUCCAGGCGGAAAAUACAUAGAGAUAUCAAAGCAGGCAACAUUUUGUUAAACACAGAAGGCCAUGCAAAGUUGGCAGACUUUGGUGUGGCCGGUCAGUUAACAGUGAGUACUUUUUUAGGGAGUGUUUUGUUUGGGGCUGUGCAAAAGUUAAAUAAAAUUCUAAGUACUUGUUAAAAACUGAGGAAUAAAUUAAACAUUGUUGCACUACUUGGAUUCCAAUUUAAUGUUGGCAUGUUAUUCCCAUCCACAGGACACUAUGGCAAAACGUAAUACUGUGAUAGGUACCCCGUACUGGAUGGCCCCAGAGGUGAUACAAGAAAUAGGUUAUGAUUGUGUAGCUGAUAUUUGGAGUUUAGGUGAGAAGCUGCAAAAAAGAUGUUCAUAGAUCUUUGUUUUCUAAGUCAGGGAAAGUGGCUCAGUCUGAAGCUCUUGUCAUUCUUUACUUAAAAGCUAGGGAUCUAAUUUUGUUAACUAUUUUAAUUGACAAGUCAAAACCAUUCAGUUGGAGCCUGGAACCCAGUGCUCAUCUGAUAAACUCAAGCUAAAGUCCAGCUACUUUAGAUGACUGAAAGAUGAAGACUGACAUUUGAAAAGCUCAUAACAUCUGAAUAUUUGUAUGAUUACAUUUUAAACUAUUUCCAGGUAUUACAGCAUUGGAAAUGGCUGAAGGGAAACCCCCUUAUGGUGAUAUACAUCCUAUGAGAGUAGGUAGAUCUUUUUUUUUCUCCCUCCCCCCCCCCCCCCCCCAUUAUUAAACCUGCUACGUAUAUUUUAACUUUGAUUUCUUUGUUCUAGUUAAACAUUAAAAUUCAUUUUGUUUCUUUUAAAAAAAUGGAGUUUUUUUUUUCCAGGCAAUAUUUAUGAUCCCCACUAAACCGCCCCCGUCUUUCCGUAAACCAGACAAAUGGACACCAGAAUUUAUUGAUUUUGUUUCAAAAUGUUUAGUAAAGAAUCCAGAACUGAGAACUACAGCUGCUGAACUUUUAGAGGUACACAUAUAAAAUUAGGGUUACAUUAUAUUAUAAGUUGUUUUUUUUUAAUACUGCUUAAAUUACCUUCUGCCUCUACUGCUUCAUUUUGAAAUCUUGACAAUGAUUUAAUACAACAUGAAUCUUUGCGUCAGUCUGUGUUUAACAUCAUUGGGUAAGGACUAAGUAGUCAAUAGGGUCACCCUGAAAAGUCACUGUUUAUAAAGGAGUACACAGUUUUGAAUUUUAAAUUCACAUUGCAUUAUUUAGCUCUACUUAUGAAACUUGCUGGCAAUAAUAAAUUGAUUUUAAAUGUUCAUAGAAACAAGAUAUGAAUUUCAAGUAUCCUGUUUCAGAUAUCAAAUUAUUAUGUCAUCAUCAAGCUCUUCUCAGUGUUUGGCUGUUUAUUAGAAUACACAGAAUUUUUUUCCUUCCAAGUUUGUUUAACAAAAAUAUAUGCAAUUAAAUUGAAUAUGUAACCUAUUUUCUUAAUAUUAAUCUGGGUUGUCAAAUUUUUUGCAGCAUGAUUUCAUCAAGAACAGAGAUUCCUGCUCAGUAUUAUCUCACAUGAUUCAAGAAGCCAAAGAAAUUCAAGAGGCUCAAGCAAAUAUUGUAGUUAAUGGUGAUGACUCGGUAUGUUUUUGUAAAUAUUUUGUUGUUAAUGGUGAUGACUCAUUAUGUUUUUGUUAUAUAUUGUAGUUAAUGGUGAUGACUCUGUAUGUUUUUGUAAUAUAUUGUAGUUAAUGGUGAUGACUCUGUAUAGUUUUUUUAACAAGUAAACAUUUUUUUUGUGGGAAUGUUGUAGUUUUAUGGUAAACUGAAAAAUAUUCUUGAUUUGGCUGGGUUUUCAUUAAACCUUCAACAUGCUAAUUUUAUGUCAAAGGGAGAUGAAGAUGACACAGAUGGGACAAUUGUGAAGAAGACAGAUCAAGAAGGGACAAUGAAACCACUACCAGAAGGUAUUUCUUAUCUUCUUUCCUCUUUGCUGGAGUAUUUUAUAUUUUUUUGUAGACAAGGGCAAGUAAUUUAUGCAGUGGAAAAAAUUUAGUUAUUUUAAAUUUGUGUUGUUCUUAUGGCAUUCCCUGAUGUUGAUAAAGGGAGAAAAAAAUUGGAGUUAUUUUAAAUUUGUGUUGUUCUUAUGGCAUUCCCUGAUGUUGAUAAAGGGAGAAAAAAAUUGGAGUUAAGCAACUCAUAUUGUUUACCAAUAUUGAUCAUUUUUAAAAAACGGCUCACUUGCAAAAAAAAAAAUAUAUCUUAUUUAUCUAAUUAAUUAAAUACAUUUUUUCCGUCAGGCACUCUCACUCCAAGUGGCACAGUUGUCAUCAGUAGUGAGUCCUCCACUUUAGAGUCAGAACUUGGAACUAUGGUUAUUAAUGAUGACUCGGAUGAUUCAGCAGGCACCAUGAAACGUACGUGUUGGUAUAACAGUAAAAAUAUAAGUCAGCAUUAAAGUUAUUUUCUUUACACUGUUUCAUAAGCAAAACUUAAUCGCAUGCUGGGGGCCAUUGGAAAAAAUACAAUUUAAUUAACGGAAAGGGAAAAAUUGAUUGAUUUGACCAUCAGUUGUAAAAAUCCAUCAUCAAUGAGUUUUUAUAAAUUUUGUUUUCAAUUUUGCAUUCUUUAAGGGCAUGACACAGCCACAGGGGGCAAAGACCCGUAUCGUCCAUCAUUCUUAGACCAUUUUGACAAACAGGACCGUGAGAAAUUGAAGACAACGGCCUCUGCAGCAAAAAACAGUAAUCAGCAGCCGCAAAGUCAGCCUCAGCCCCCUCAACAGCCUCAGCCCCAACAGGCACCCCCUAAACAAAUAACUCCGCCUCAUCACUUCCAAAGAUCAUUCAUAGAUGGAGACUUUGAAUUUGUAAGUGCAUUGGUGUUUUGAGCAUAAGAUUUGGAGACUGAUGGUUUUAUUUUAGUUUGUGCCUGGCUAAAAGCUUUGCAAAACUUAAAACAUUCAUCACUUCUAAAAAUUUAAUUUAUUCAUUUCCAAUUAUUAACCUCUUUUUUUGUGUGUGUGUUGAGGAUAGAAUUAUUCAAUUUUGUUUAAAAUGGGAACUAAAUUUAAAUAAAUAUUUUAAAAACUAUUUGUUUCCAUCUUAAGUAAUUAACUCUACUUGUUUCCAUCUUAAGUAAUUAACUCUACUUGUUCCAAUCUUAAGUAAUUAACUCUACUUGUUCCAAUCUUAAGUAAUUAACUCUACUUGUUCCAAUCUUAAGUAAUUAACUCUACUUGUUCCAAUCUUAAGUAAUUAACUCUACUUGUUCCAAUCUUAAGUAAUUAACUCUACUUGUUCCAAUCUUAAGUAAUUAACUCUACUUGUUCCAAUCUUAAGUAAUUAACUCUACUUGUUCCAAUCUUAAGUAAUUAACUCUACUUGUUCCAAUCUUAAGUAAUUAACUCUACUUGUUCCAAUCUUAAGUAAUUAACUCUACUUGUUCCAAUCUUAAGUAAUUAACUCUACUUGUUCCAAUCUUAAGUAAUUUAAAAGCUAGCAGUAAGUUUUAUGGAAAGUUUUAUUUCAGCUCUAAUUUUUGUGGGUUUUUCAUAAAUUUAUCAAGUAAAUAGUUUAUUAUAUGUUGUAGUUUGUUGUAUGUUAUUUAUGUAGGUUGAAAAAUUCUUUACUGCUUCAAUGAGAAUAGUACACAUUUGUUGGUGUGUUUUUAAAAAAGUAAAAUUUUAUAUUUUUAAGAAAACCAAAUCUACUAAGGUUAAUGAAAAUUCCUGUCUUGCUUAUUUUAGCUACGAACAUUAGCAUUUGAAGAGCUGGAAAGACGAUUAGCAGACCUAGAUCCAGAGAUGGAGCGAGAAAUAGAAGAGUUGCGAGCCAGGUAUCAGGCCAAGAGACAACCAAUACUGGAAGCUAUAGAUGCAAAGAAGAAAAGGCAACAAAACUUUUAGCUGUACUCCGUUUAUUUGCUUCAUGUUUGUGAAAAAUAUUAUUACUAACUGAAAUCUUUGUUUCCCAUGUUAUAAAAAAAAUAUAUGGCUAAUAUAAAUACAAGUAUUCACAUAACUCAAAAGCAUUUAAAUUUUAGAGAAUUAAAUGUAAGUAUAAGCUGCUCAUCGAAAACUGUGGAUCUAAUUUGGUCACAUAAUAAUCAUGCAGAUUGUAAAUAGAAAACUGAAAUCAAGAUAAGAUAAAUUCUGUGAGGGGGAAGAAAUAAUUUUGAAGGAUGGGAAUGAUUUACUUCUAUAGUAGCUGGUUAACAUGAAAUUCAUAUCAUUUUAUUUGUUCAUAUUAUAACUCAAGGAAAGAUCUACUUAAUUGUUUGUGAGGAAUAUUGUUCACACAUGGUUCGGCUUACAUCUAUAGUGGUGUCUUCCAUGUGCAGUAUAACUGAUAGUGUUUUUGUUGGUUUUUUUACAGGGGUCGCGGAUCAGUAAGGAAUUAAUAGUUUAUUUUCCAUUUUAUAGAAUAUUAAAGCACAAAAGUAAAUGCCCAUGUCUUCUUCAAGUUUUAUAAAGAAGGCUAAAAAAAAUUUUUUGAUCUCGAGAUAGAAUUGAUCGGUGAAUAAUCCUAUUUGACUGUAACUUAAAUCAGAUGACUCUAAGAAUCUAUCAUAAACUUUUCCAUUAAGUUUGACUUAGUGCCUUAUGUUUAGAUUUUAUGUAAGUAAGUAAGGGCAGGUGAUGAUUAAGAUCUAAACAAAUUCUGAUUGGCUUAAUCUUAAAGCUUCUGCUUCUAUUUCAUUCCCUAGCUCUUCAUAUUUCAUGUCAAGUGUAUCUCUACUCAGAUAAACUUAAUUUGCGAAAAUAUGACGCUAGAGUGUUAGUGGCUCAGAAUAUUGGGAUUUAAAGAAUAAGGUCAUUAGUCACAUCAAGAAUCUUUCAAAGUACAGUGGAAUCCCGCUAUAACGCGAUGAUCGGGGUCCAUAAAAUCGGAUCGCGUUAGAAGCGGUUUUACAAUAUUCAAUUUUUUUCCGAGACCAUAUACGUGUAUACAUGUACAAUGAUAAAAAAAUCGGCUUAUCAUCAGAUGAAUAUUAACUGGAAUGCAUUAAUUAAGAUAUAUUCAAAAUAAUCGAUGGCUAAUAUAUUUAUAAGUUAUUACUGUGCAUUAAAAACAUUAAAAUAUUUUGAAAAGUUGUGAUUUUUUUCGCUUUAAAAAAUGGCUUUCCAAGCAAUGGAUAAAAUUUUCAAAGAACUUAGACAUGAUGGAGUAAAUGAAUUUCAAAUUUCGGGAGCCAUGCUAUGACAGCGUUAUAUCCGAAUUCGUGUUAUGGCGGGGCGCAUUAUAGCGGGGUUCCACUGUAUCUCAGAGCUCCUUAGUUUAUCUGCCACCUGAAAUUUGAGAUAAUAUAUUUUUCUGGCGUUAUGAAAUCUUUGACUUAUGCUGAUCAGACAGCAUCUCGUUGAAGGUUGCAAACAAAUUAUUAAAUACCAGGCAUUGUUUGAAGCUAACAUAGCCUAUUCCAGCUUUGUAAAAUUUGUUGUGAUGAAAUUUGUUCACUCUUUGUAAAUAAUUGUGUGAGGGAAAAAAAAUUACACUUUGAUGACAUUUACUAUCAGAAAGAAAACUAUUCACCCAGUGUGUUAACAAACCUAUUUUUUAUGAUGUUGAGUAAAAAAAAAAGUCUGCUGUUGAAACUGUUGUUGAGGCUAACAGCUCCACUUAAAUUAAAUCAAAUUAUAUCAAUGUAUCUUGUGUUUAUUAUUUUUUCCAUCGAUUUCUCAAGUUACUAGUGUUGAACUUCUUGUGUCCAUGUUUGUUUGUUGUUUUUUCUUUUGAGUAGCCAGGCUCCAUUACUUGUGUGAAGUUUUAGUCAUCAUUUGAGUAGUUGUGGGUCAUGGCACCAGUCAUUGGGUUUAUCAACUUUCUUUUAUGUACAUUUUGUUAUUGGUGAUAAAAUCUCUAUGAGAAUAUUUAUCUCACUUUUUGUGUGUUUUUGUUUGUUUGUUGGAGUGAAUGCAUUGAAGGUGAUGGUGAUACAAUUGCUAUGUGUAGUAAUGCUUAAUUAAGAGAGUAAAAAUACUGAACUGCCCUCCUGCUGUUGUGGAUUUAUCAUAUUUUUUAUAUACUGGUACAGAUAAUAUAAAACCGUUAGACUAGAAUUUUUAAACAUUUGGAUUACCGUAUUUAAAUAUAAAGUUAUAAAGUCAAUGUGAAAUUUAUAUCUUUUUAUUUUUUAAAAUAAUGUUUAAAACAUUUUUUUUUAAAAUGGUGAGUCUGAAACCACAUUAUUUUAAAUGAUAGCUUUAAAAUGUAUAAAUUACCGUUAUCAAAACAAAAUUUAGACUAGACCUUUUCUUUGGAUUGACCCAAAAAUCACCUUACUCAAUUGUUAUACAAAAUAUUAUUUUUUUACUUCUCUAAAAGCAUAAGCUGCUCAUUGACAUUAGUUUCCAGUAUCAUUUUUCAAUUUGAUGUAAUGUAACCCUUGGGUUUAGAUAAUCCAGGACUGAUACACAUGUGUUGAAUUGAUUGUUUUGAUAAUGGAGCCUUAAAUAAAGAGAGGAAAAAAGGUUGGUGAAGACAUUCAGAGAAACAUAUACAAGUAUACAUAUUUGUUAUUAAGAUAAUUUAUUUUUGUGCUGAUUUAUCACUGCAUGUAUAGGGGAGUGAUUUUUUUGUUCACUUUUGAUGUGUACAUUUGAAGAAAGUCUGCCAAAAAUUGUACUUUGUACACAAAUCAUUACAAAUGUAAGAUGAAAAAUAUCAGCCUUUUUGUUUUGUUUCUUCCUUCUACUGUUUCUCCCUUGAGCAAAAGUAAGGUGUUCAAUUUAAUUAUUUUAACAAUAUUUUUAACUCGGAAGAAUAACGGUAUUGUUUUGUUGUUUUUUAUUUGUGUCGAAAUCGAUUCACCGAGUACGACACAUUCGGUAAUGAAAAACUAUUCUUGUCCGGGCUUAGAGUUUGGGCAAGAUAAUCUCAUAAGCAUUUGAUUAAAACUGAUGCAGUGUUUUUGUUGUAUUGCUGCAUUAUGAGCUGCACAUUAUGCACAAAUCUACUCACCUUCUCUGGGAGACUUAUUUUUUAAAAUAAAAAUAAUACUUAUUUAUUAAAAUAAUACCAGAAUAAUCCAAAAUAUUGAAACCUUAAAUGUAUUCUCCAUCAUUCCACAUAGCAGUAUACUUGUUUAGAUCACGGUAUAGAUAAAUGAAAUACUCUCUCACUAAAAUAAAUUUGUAAAAAUAUUUUUUAAUUGUUAGUGCUUUUAUUGUUUUCAAUUUUUUUUUUCUUCUUUCUUUUGUAGAAGACUUAAUAAUGUUAUUCGUAUUCAGCAAUGGACUCAUCACACUGAUACUUAGUAUAAUUAUAAUGAUAAUCAGCUUGCUGGAUGAUCAGACUACAUUUAGAUUCUUUAAAUAGAGUAAAAUAGACUCUGAUUAGUGUCCCAUUAUUUGAUUAUUAAGUCUAUUUAUGUACCAAACAGAGUUCACUCUCAUUGGGCUUGUGCUGGGAAAAAUUUUUUAAAAAAUUCGAGUAACUUAAAUGAAGACUGUAUUAUCCUGUACCCAAGUCACUCUCAAUAUGGUUUAUAUGAGAUUUUUUUAAAAUGUCCAAGUAUCAAGUGCUGUAAAUUUCAAAAUUGAAAUCCAUCACCAUCUGGUAUUGUCUGACAACUAUGGCUGUUCUUAUUCUGUAAUUUUUUCUCCCAAAUUCUGUGAAUGCACAGUGAUUGGAAUGAGGUCAUUAACUCACUGUUCACUCCAAUUCUUCUUUUCAAGAUGUAUGAUUUGAUAUUGUAUCUAACAUUACACAUAGAUAGGCCUCUUUAUAGUUCCUCUCUUGUCAAGUAUCGGAUUUAUCGGGUGGAUUUAUCAGGACACUAACCAAAACGCUGAUUGUGUCAGCAUAACUAACAUGUCACACAAAUUUGCAAGUAAAAUGCUGUAAUUAAUGAAUGCUAUUUAUUUUUGUCCCUAGUAACCUGUGUCUGGCAUUUUGUCAUUAGUUCUACAUAGUCUUGAAAUGUUUUAUGAUCAGUCAUCAUUUGAGAGAUGCCUCAUUGUACAGAAUUCUUGAUGAAUAAAACACUAGAUCCAAGUCUGAG